UUCGUUAUUGGAAGGAGAUAGGCUCGUUGCAAAAAUUUCGUUUUCUAGGGAGUGAUAAACUAAAACAUUGAAAUUUGAUAUAUCGGCAAUCACAAGAUACUCCUCUACUUCGUUCCUACGCAUGUGAAUCCUAAGAAGUGUGCCUGGAAGGGUAGCAAAGUCGAGUUAUUUCAGGAUUCUCAUGGCUUUCGUAAUGUGGAGUGAGAACCUUUGGCGAGAAGAGGUUGGAACGAUGAUAUAUGGAAGGAGAUGGAUUGGUAGUGCGCCGGAAGAAAAAUAAUGCUCUUGAAACUGGUGGUUUUACUCAGAGCCGGAGCCCAAGAGUACAAACAAACACCCAAAGAAUGUAGAGGAGUACUUCCACUUACCGAUAAGAACGGAAGCUUUACCAGUCCAGGUGGCUACAAAGGUUACCCCAACAACACUGUCUGCAGUUGGUCUAUUACAGCAGCAUACGAUGCCGAGAUUCGAAUAACCUUCCACGACUUUGACCUGGAAUGGAGCAAGACGUGCAUCCCGUAUGAUUACGUCACGGUGUCCGAAAAGUGUCUUUCCUCUAAUGCCUGGUCGAGCAACCUAGGGUCUGGGGACAACGUGGAUGGAUUUUGUGGAAACAUGACAACAUUCAGUGUUGAGUCACGCUGCGAAAAAGUGUUGAUAGAGUUUAAAUCUGAUGAUUCUAUAACAGGGAAAGGAUUCAAUGCUACCUAUGAAGUUAUCCCAGAUCCAAAAAAACCUAAAAUUAUAUCGCUUUGUCAAGAUGGAACUAGUAAUUGUUCACCAACAAUAGUAUUCACAGAAUAUGAGGAAGGAAACAUCCCUUGCCAAGUUGCAGGAUCUGUGGACCUGCAAACUUGGUCUUAUCUCGGUUCUGACAACGAAAAUCUCAACGGAUCAUUCGACGGACUUCGCAUGUUCAUCACCGACGAAGGAGGGCUCUUCAUCCGGGAACUUAAGCGAAGUGAUACAGGGUUUUAUAAGUGCUUUGUGGAGAAUUCUUUAGGAAAUGACAGCGCUGUGAUGUACCUACGUGUGAAGGAGAAAUGCAACUGUCCUAAGAAUAUCUUUGCAAAUUGGUACAACAUUCCGCCAUACGUCAAAUAUAAUGGACCAGGACAGAAUCCAACGGGAUUAUUUCCACAAUUCCUCCCACAACUGUUUUCGCAUUGCUGUGGAAACUGCUCGGAAGGUAACGGACCAUCAGAGAUCAUCUAUGAUGCUAAAUUCCAAGAAACCUUGAUGGACAUUAAAGAUGUCAUCAACCUUGGGAGCAAUGAUACCAUCACCUUCCCUAUCAGUGGGAAGAAGGAUGACGACCUUUAUAAAAAUGAGUUUUACUUCUUGCCGCUCAUAAGCUCACCAGGAGUGGCUUUUAUUGUUGUCGAAGACGAGCCUGGUACGUCUGCCAAAGCUGUGUUUGACUCAGUCGUGUCUGGGUGGCCUGUUCUUGUACUCACUGUUUUGAUGGCCUUGUUGUCUGGGAUAGUUAUGUGGGGACUGGACACUUGGUACAAUCCUGAAGAAUUUCCGAGGUCGUUUAUCAAGGGGAGUGGUGAAGGUUUCUGGUGGGCUUUUGUCACUAUGACAACUGUGGGUUAUGGUGAUCGAUCUCCGCGGGGAUUUCUUGCUCGUAUAUUUGCGAUAGUCUGGGUUCUAGUUGGCCUCGUCAUCACUUCAAUUUUCACCGGUGUGGUGACCACUUCUCUAACAGCGAUCACAUUGAGCACUGACGUCAAACUUUAUGGUACCAAGAUUGCAGCAGUGGCCAAUUCUACCGAGUACAAGCUGGGUAUGAGCAAAAAUGCAGUUUUGAAAGAAUUUAAUGACCUACAAUCGAUUGUUGAACCUCUGAAAAAUCGCGAAGACAAUUUGAAGGGCGUGUUAGUAGACACAUACGUGGCUGGGGAAAUGCGGGAGUUUGUCAGCGAUGAGUUGCGAGUCAACAAGAUCAUCGACGAUGAUUCGUACUAUGGAAUUGUAUUUGGAGAAGGGCAGUUGACAAAUAUUUCGAUCCAGAACUGCUUCUCUUCUUACGUGCUUUCUCAUAAGGCGGAAAUCUUCGAGAUUGUGAAGCAAGGCACCCAACCCAUGAGUGAGCCUGAUGGGAACGAGGCUUUGGAACGAUCGUCUGGUCUGUUUGAUGCUACUUCUCCCUUGUUUCAACGCUCCAUGUACACGUGCAUUGGUCUGUUACUGCUUUUCGCGACUUGUGGGAUUAUCUGGGACUACGGUUACAUGAGGUAUUGGAAGAAGAAGGCUGAAAAGGAAGAGCUCGAGCUCCUUGGUAUUCCUGCCUAUGAAAUGGCCAAAAAGAACCUGGACAUGCUGGAUGCCAUGAUGGAAGAAGUUCAAGACUUCUACGACAACUGGGAAAAGAGAAUGGACGAGAUCGUGGAUAAACACGAAAUGCAGCUAAGGUUACAGGCAAAAAUGAAGAACUUGGAUGGAAAUGCGACUGGGAAAUCCUCUUACGAAAAUGAACUUUACAUGAAUAGAUGAAUUAUUACACUGUCCCAUUCCUCCAUUAUCACUGUUUCUAUGUUUUCGCAUUGUUACACUUAACCUCACCCAUGUAGCUGAUAAAUCAUACUAAAAGUAAAUGAAGUAUUUUUAGCUUUGCGAUUUACGCAUGAUUGCUCAGCCCAUUAAACAGUAGACUGAUUCCUCGGAAAAAAAUAGGGAUCUUAAGCAGUCAGGACGGCAGCGCCAAGGAAGACUUCGAUUAAAAAAAGAUUUUCUACUUUUAAUUAGAUUUCGAAAAUGGCGACAUGUGUUUAGCAUUUCAUACGGCGCAACAACUCAACCUCAACAUUACGUAUAAAAGUAGCGUUGAGUUCCAAAUGGAAAUUAAAAUCAGAGCCGUAGCUAGCAUAAGGCAAAAGGAGGCAAUUGCCUCGUUUUGAUUUUGGCCUUUUUUUUUUUUUUGAAGAUUGACUUUUGUGAAGAAAACUGUCACAGAAAAUGCUUAAAAGAGCAUUACUGAGCCUCUAGAUUUCGCAAUUUUCUGAGGGGGCAUUCCCCCAGACCCCCCAAUUGGCUCGCGCCUUCGAUGCUCGAAACUUGCCUCGUCUUGUUCUGAAGUCUGGCUACAGUUCUGAUGUCUGGCUACAGCCCUGAAAAUAAUUUGC